AUGAAGAUCAAAGAAGCCUAUGAUCGAGGCAUUACACCUCCUCCAAAACAUAAAAAUAUCACUCCUCCUUUAAAUAAUAAGAAAGUGAUACUAACUCCUUCAUCAACAUUAUCAAGUUCUCAUAAUAAACUACUAAACUCUAUUACUACAUUUUUUAUAACUUCUAUUACUAAUCCAAUUGAAAUUGAUAACAAUGAAGUUAGAGAUAAUAUUGAUGCUGAAUUACUCUCAAAAACUGAUGUUAAUAUUAGCACUAAACUAUAUUCAUCUGAAAUAUCUGCUCCUAUUGCACACUUUAAAAAAGUGAUUGAAAAAAAAACUGAAGAUACUAUAGAUGUUAAAUUAUUACUAUCUGAACUAUUGGAUACUAAUGACAAUGUUAAUACUAAACUAUAUUCAUCUGAAUUAUCUAUUUCUAUUAUACAAUUUAAGAAGACAGUUGGAAAGUUGUCAGACAAUGAUUGGCCAUUGACACAAGUGAAACAAAAAGAAAAUUAUUCUGAUAUUGAUUCAUAA